ACAGCAGGACAGAACUGGGGUGUAAAGGAGAACAUCACCAAAAGGAAAUACUGCUUCUUAAGUCCUGCAUGAUAACGAAAUGCUCAGAGUCCGGUGGUGGGACUUCGUCCUCUCCAGCACAGGAUGUAGAACGGUGUCACGCAGCAGGAGCAAGGAGCCGGUUACUAUCCUGCUAGGCUGGCAUCCGAGCCAAAGGAGGAUUCACAGGCAACUGAGGGGAGGAAAAGGGGGAUUCUGUUUUUUUUUAAGAUGUCUAUAUGCAGCGAAAUGCAGAUGCCUGCAGUCAAGUACGCAGUCUUUGUCUUUACAGAGAAAGGUAGCAUACGUCCCAUGGAGCCAGAUACUGAAAUGUGGAUUUGGGUUGGCUUUGGGACCUGCGGCUGGCAGCACGGUGUGUGGGUGGUGGUUCAUUCCUGCUGCACAGCGGUUGCUGCUGCUGGCAGUGCUCCUGGCUGUGUGCUCACUGUAGCAGAGUCAGCAGAGGGCUGGCACAUUCACACUGCUGUUCAGACCUGAUUCAAGGAAAAUCAUGGCUGCUUCAGUUUUGGCUCAUCUCACGGAAUGACUCAUCUGUUAUUAGAUGGGACCCACCUAGAAAAGAUGGGUUUGAGUUGCAUUCCUCUUUUAGUUCCUUUAAGUGUGUGAAAAUUAUCCGGGCAUGUCUGAUCCCCAUUAACAGCUUGAGGAAAAAAAAAAAAAAAGGGGGAAAAAAAAAAAAAGAAACCCUCCUAUAAAAAUAUCUUGCUGCCCUCUAUUCUACCCCCACUUCGCUAUGAGCACGUAGCUGUGCGGGCAGCCGUGGCUUUGUCAAAGCGAGUGCUGGGGGAGAGAGGGAAGUGGAGGGGGAGACCGUGCCUGGGGCCCUCGAGGUCAGCGGGGUCCUGGAGGCUCUCCCCGCCUGCGGGAGGCCGGCCCCAGGUGAGCCUCCCCCUGCCUGCACGGGGAGGCUGCCGGCGGAGGGGAGGCUGACAGCAGGGGAGGCUCCUCCGCUACCUACAGGCCGGGCCCGGGGCCCGGUGCCUUGCAGCGGGAGGCAGGGGCCGCCACUCGCUCCCCACCACCUCGGGAGGGCGCAGGGGUGUCCCUGCUCCUCGCCCUGCUCCUUAAGCUCGCAGAAAAGGCUUCUAGCAGGACAUCAGGAUGAAGCGGUUCAUGGCCAUGUUAAGCAGAAACAAACACAAGGAUCCCCCACCCACCAAGCUGCUGGAGCUAGCAGGACAGCUUUGCCAGGACCUCCAGAGCUCAUCCCCUAAUCUGGAGAAGCUGGUUGGAGCCAUGAUGCGAUGCAAACAAAAGAUGCAUUUUCUCACUAACAUCCACGUUGUCCGAGCUUGUGUGUUUGUUCACAUCCGUAGCGGGCAGCAUGACACAGCCUGCAAGCUCCUGGAGUGUUGCAGGGCAGAAGAGAAGGAGGAGCUGGUGCAACUUUGGCAUGAGAUUCACUAUCGUAGGGUUAUGGAGAAACACCACAGAGAUUUUCUGACACCACUGCAGAAAUUUCGUUGCAGGAAGAGGAAUCCUCCACCUAUUUCCCUUUGUCCUGAGGGCUUGAAAAAUCGAAACUAUUCAGAUGAAGUACGCCAGCAACUGUACAAAUUUGCUGCAGAGGUGACAACAAAUCCAAAUAAGAAACAACGGGAGAGAUUGGCUCAGAACAUGAACCUGCAGCCAGCUCAGGUCUAUAACUGGUUUGCAAAUUAUCGACGACGUCAAAAAUCCCGUAUCCAUCGUGAGGAAAAGCUUAACUACUUGUGCCCUGAGGGGACCUUGACACACCAUGCAAAGGAGCAGCAGGAUAGAGGAUCCUACACUCCACAAACUGCAGGUGGAUCUUAUGUAGGCAUCAGCUCUGAGCAGACAGGGAUAAACCUCAUGCCCUGUGACCCAGGGUGGGAGCAGUCAGCUACAGAUUUGGAUAAGUCUCCAGAAGGAAUGUAUUUAAAGAUGCUGGAAUCCAGCUUUAUUCAGAGCAGUGCACUGUGUGAAGCAAGGACAAGCAAGGCGUUGAUGACUCAUGUCACUGAACAACCCGUAGCUUUUUUCAGUGAGGCUGUGCUGGAACCAGGAACCUGCUUUAACUCUGCUGUCCUGCAGCCCAGAGAAGCAGCAAGCAGUACUGAUGCUGGCCCCCAGCUGGAUAACUUUGUUGUGUGCUCUUGUGGGUCCCUUAUCUUCCCAGGUGAACGUCUGGCCACGUGGCAGGCCCCUUCCAGCACCACAGGAGUCUCUGGCUCCAUGUGGACCCCAAAUAUGGAAGUUCCCAUCAGACUGUGGCUGGCAAGCCUCAGUGCCCACCUGUUUCUGCACCCCACAUGGAAGAAAGCCAAGCCAUGGGACAAGGCCAGGUGCUGGAGGAUCCAGUUGGUGACCCAUUAACCGAUGAUACAUUCUGGGCAGCACGGCUACUCUUUGAAUUCUCAGCUGGGGGACAAAUGUGACCUGCCUACAGCAAUGCUCAAUGUGGUCUGCACUUCUCCAGGAAACACCCUAUUCUUUCCUGUUUUUCUCUCAUUUUUUUUUUUAAUGAAUGAGGAGUUUGACAUGGAGUUGAGGAACAGAAAGAAUGAGGUAGAUGGAUGAAGGCCUUUUCUAAUAGUUAUGAAGUUGGUUUUAGUUUUAUGAAGAAUUUUGCAAAGAAUAUAAGAAACCAAAGGUACAUUGUGGAUUGUAGGUUUUCACUAGAGCAGUCUGAAGCUGCUCUGUAAACGUUAAAAUAUCAAGUCACUGAUUCUGUGGCAGUUGCAUAGUUCUACCUAUAGCACUGGUCAGGUGAGAGUCCUUCAUUACACCAUGAAGGCAUGUGAAACUCUACUCAGAAGGAAUAAAAUCUUAGUUACAUUGCCCAACAGUUGGAUACUGGAUAUGAGAUAAAGGUUAUCUCAGGCAUGGAAAAUAAGGACUCAGCUAAGUGCUGGUAAAACACUGCUGUUCCUCAUCUCUGCACUUGUGUUGUGCUGCUGGGCAUCACUUUGAAAUGUUCCAUGCUCUGUAGUGCUGUGGGUGACAGACUGGAGCAUGGCAGAAAUUACAGUGUUAGAGUUGCAGGACUGGAGGGGGGCAUACAAGUGCAUUGGUAGCUAACGCUGCCUGCAUCUGACUGCCAGCAAAAGGUGGAUAAAUGGAGAGGGUGGGAGCCUCUUGAUCCGUUUCAGUGUCCUGAUCUGGAUGGGCUGAAACUGCACAGGCAAUUGUGUCACCCUUCAGGUGGUCUGCAGCAGUGUGACGCUCAGCAGAGGCAGGUGAGUGCAUCCUAUUCGCCCUGCAACGCAGUGUGAGUUGUGCGAACUGUUUCCUGCACACUGUAGUAGGCAUCUUUGAGCAGGGGCUAACGCUGUAUUUGGCUGAAGGCUACUUACUCCACAGGGUUAGGCAGUUCCAGCUGCAACCCACUUGGGGUAUGUGCGCAACUCUGCUUUUUGCCCGGUGUUUUUCCAUGUUUAACCCAGCCUGGAGGCCUCCUGUUGCACUCACUGCCUUGUGCUGCUCACAGAUCAGGAGUCCUGUUCCUUUUCUUUCGCUUUCAGACUAAAAAGCAGAAUUGUGUAUGAGUAGCAAAGCAGGCUUUUGAUGCAGGUUUAAAAUUUCUGCUCUAAGUCAUUGGGCAGCCUUUUGGGUACUUUCUGUAACUAUUGCUGGUAUUUUUUAAAUAGCAAGGUAUUUUGAAAGGGGUAAUCUUUGUCAAAUCUACUGCCCUGAGAUGAACAAAGUAGAUGCCUCCAGAACUGUUUGUAAUAGUUAUCAAAUAAAGGUUAUGAAUGACUCUUUCUCAAGGGUUCAUUUUCAAGGUAAGCGUAUGAGGUGAUUAUUCACACACGGUAUUUCUUAAACCCCCCAGCACUCAGGCUGUGACCCUGAUACUUCUAGCGCUCAUUUCUCUGGAUCUGGCUUAAAAUGCCCUUUUCUUGGUGGAUGCUUCGUGCUCAGAACACUGGUGAGGGGAAUGCUUAUAUAUACGUUCACACUUUUAUCUCCUUAAACAAUGGGGCUUUGCGCGAACCGGGGCUGGAACGCGGGGCGGAAAGGCGCCGUCACUGCGCUGGGGGACCUCAACCCGUGAGGGCUGUGCUAUCCCAGCCCUCCCAGCCCUGCUGGGCUGCCUCCCUUUUAAAGCUCUGUUCCUCGCCACCCCGCCCCUGCACUGCAGCAGGGCCUCCCGGCUCCGCCGCCGCCGCUCCCCGGCCGCUUGCGUCAAGCCGGGUCUCGCUGAGGAGCCCUCAGCCCGCCGCGCUGCUCCCGCCGCCAUGGCGGCCGCGGGCCGGCUUCCCGCUUCCUCCCCAUAGGCCCC